UGUUCUACCUGUUACUUUAUUGCUUUAUUUUUAUUUUUGGUUACGUUGGAUUUACAAAUUUCAAGAUCUAUUAUUCUGUGUUAUUCUUUUUUAAAAAUAAAUGACAAGAUCACCACAACAAAAAUAAUAAAUAAAAAACAAUGACAACAAAAGUAACAACAGAAUUGGAAAAAUUGUUUGAUUUAUCAAGUCAAAAUGAUGAUAUAUUUACAGUUUGUUUAACUGUUGACACUGGUCUAGAAUGGCAAGCUGUUGAUGAAUGUAAAUUAAAAAUAUGUGAUAAUUUAAGAGCAUUUAAAGAUCGUGGAAAAAUAUAUUUCAAUGUUGCUUUUGAAGAUUUUCCAAAAAUAUUAAAAUUAAGAUCAAUUGAUAAUGUUCAUAUUGUUGGUGAUGUUCGUUAUCUUGAAUUUGAUCCAGAAAAUGCUGAGUUAAAUUUACAACGAGUAAUUGAUUCAUCACAUAAUUAUAAACAAUUAAAAAAAUGUUUAAAUGCUUGGAAAAGUAUAACAAAGUAUCCUGGUAAAUUAUAUCCAACUCAUCAAGAAUAUGAGUCUGCUGUUAGUCAAUACAAUGUUAAAAAAGAAGAAAAUAAAAAUUUAAUUGUUGAAGAAAAACGUGGAUCCAGAAAACGAGGAUGUGAUCCAUCACUAGCAAAAGAGGAUAGUAUUUUGUCAUAUCGAGUGACAUGUGAACGAAAUGGAAAGCAUACAUUUGAUUCCAGUAAAAUAGCAACAAUAAUUGGUGGUGAAUUACAAGAUCAAUAUCAUUGGAUUGUUGAUCUCACCUCGUACCAAUUAGAAAUUCUUAGCCGAGUAAAUAAUUCUGAAAUGAUAUUGCUACUUCGUGUAACAAAUGAAUCCCUGCAUCGAAGAAACAUAACUUAUUUUGGACCAACGACACUCAGAGCAACUGUAGCUUAUAAUUUAAUAAGUCUUGCUGAACCAAAACCUGGAGAAAUUAUCAUUGAUCCAAUGUGUGGAGGUGGAUCAAUUCCAAUUGAGGCUGCAAUAGAAUUUCCAGAAUGUUAUAUUUUAGCUGGUGAUAAUCAUGACAAAGCCAUUGAAAGAUCAAGGCUUAAUUUUGAUGCUUUGAAUAAAUCAUUUAAAUCAAAUUUGAUACAGUGGAAUGUUGCAUAUUUACCAUUUAAAGAUUCAUCAAUUGACGUAUUUGUUACUGACAUGCCAUUUGGAAAAAGAUCAGGAUUAAAAUCAGAUAAUAGAAUUUUUUAUAAAAAAUAUCUUAUUGAGCUUGCAAGAGUUGUCAAGCUUAAACAUGGUAGACUUGUCUUGUUGACAUAUGAUCGACGAAGUAUCACAAUUGCUCUACAAGCAACUCAAGAUUUAUUUAAACAAAAAAAAACACUUGGCGUUAAUAUGGGAGGUUUGCCAGCAGCCUGUUACGUUCUCAAAAGAACCAACUUAACAUUCGAACAAUUCCAAACAACAAUAAACAAUAAAACCACAAAAAAUAAAACAAACUCAUCAUCUGGAGACUGA